AGCGGCGCUGCUGGUGUCAGAGCCCGGCGAGCGUUGGCAGUUCCGCGGCGGGGAUGCUGAGGAGCGCUGGGCUGGCGAGCAGCCGUGGCCACUGCGGACUUCCGAGGUACUCCGGGCCGUAAAAACCCCUGGGCCGCUGCCAAUCCCAGGUUCCUGGGGCCAUUCACCGCUCCUGAAGCCGGCCGAGGCGAGAGUCCAGCGGAGCAGCGGCUGUUCCCUGAUUCUGGGCUUUCGGAGCGUUCUGGAACCCCGAGAGACAUCCCGGGGCUCUAGAACCUCCCCAGCGGCCCCCAGUCCCGGCUUCCUGCGUGCGUCUGUACAAAACCCCCUCGGGUGCACCGGUCGCCGGCGAGCCGUGGCCGGAUCCUGGCACACAGCAUGAUCGUUGCAGACUCCGAGUGCGGCGCGCAGCUGAAGGGCUACCUGCCAUUCUCCCCGGGCGGCGGCGGCGGCGGCGGCCCCGGGGCCGGAGAGGAGCAGAGGGGAAGUCGGACUCGGCGAGGUCCCCGAGGGCCCAGCGCCUUCAUCCCAGUGGAGGAGGUCCUUCGGGAGGGAGCAGAGAGCCUAGAGCAACAUCUGAGGCUGGAGGCAUUGAUGUCCUUGGGGCGAGUGGACAACCUGGCGGUGGUGAUGGGCCUGCACCCUGACUACCUUAGCAGCUUUUGGCGUCUACACUACCUCCUGCUGCACACAGAUGGGCCCCUGGCCAGCUCAUGGCGCCACUACAUUGCCAUCAUGGCUGCCGCCCGCCACCAGUGUUCCUACCUGGUGGGGUCCCACAUGGCUGAGUUUCUGCAGACUGGUGGUGACCCUGAGUGGCUGCUCGGUCUCCAUCAUGCCCCUGAGAAGCUGCGCAAGCUCAGCGAGAUCAACAAGUUGCUGGCACACCGGCCGUGGCUCAUCACCAAGGAGCACAUCCAGGCCUUGCUGAAGACGGGCGAGCACAGCUGGUCUCUGGCGGAGCUCAUCCAGGCCCUGGUCCUGCUCACCCACUGCCACUCACUGGCCUCCUUUGUGUUUGGCUGCGGCAUCCUCCCUGAGGGGGACCCAGAGGGCAGCCCUGCCCCCCAGGCACCUUCACCCCCCAGUGAGCAGAGCAGCCCCCCCAGCAGGGACCCAAUGAACAACUCUGGGGGCUUCGAGGCUGCCCGAGACGUGGAAGCGUUGAUGGAGCGCAUGAGGCAGCUGCAGGAGAGCCUGUUACGGGAUGAGGGAGCAUCCCAGGAGGAGAUGGAGAGCCGCUUUGAGCUGGAGAAGUCAGAGAGCCUUCUGGUGGCUCCCUCAGCUGACAUCCUGGAGCCCUCUCCACACCCAGACAUGCUGUGCUUUGUGGAGGACCCCACUUUUGGAUAUGAGGACUUUACCCGGCGAGGGGCUCAGGCACCCCCCACCUUCCGUGCCCAGGAUUAUACCUGGGAAGACCAUGGCUAUUCACUGAUCCAACGGCUCUACCCUGAGGGUGGGCAGCUGUUGGAUGAGAAGUUCCAGGCAGCUUAUAGCCUCACCUACAACACCAUUGCCAUGCACAGUGGAGUAGACACCUCCAUGCUCCGGAGGGCCAUCUGGAAUUACAUCCACUGUGUCUUUGGUAUCAGAUAUGAUGACUAUGACUACGGGGAGGUGAACCAGCUCCUGGAACGGAACCUCAAGGUCUAUAUCAAGACGGUGGCCUGCUACCCAGAGAAGACCACCCGAAGAAUGUACAACCUCUUCUGGAGGCACUUCCGCCACUCAGAGAAGGUCCACGUGAACUUGCUGCUCCUGGAGGCCCGCAUGCAGGCCGCCCUUCUCUACGCCCUCCGUGCCAUCACCCGCUACAUGACCUGACCGCGAGCAGGAUCUGGGCCCGGAGCAGCUGACCCUGGGGGCAUCCUCCUCCCUGCAAGGACUUCUCUUUCUGGAGACAGACCCUGAUCCUUUUCUGUCCCAGCCCCCCCUCCCCUACUCCGGAGGUUGUAGGGCUUGUGUGUGACUUGUAGCCCCUGAGCCGUACCCUCCUUUUUUCAUACCAGAACGGACAGGAUCAUUGCAUUGACCUCAGCAGAGAUCUCUGCAGAGAUCUCAGCUCUGCCCUCGGGAGCUGGAAGAGGAGGACUAGCAGAUCGCAAGGGACCAUGCCCCUCUUCCUGCCCCUGACCCCAGAGGCGGAGGGCACCGGAAGGAAAUGAGCCGAGCUCAGACUCGCGUGCCAGCAGGCUGGGCCGCAGGCAUCACAAGUACUGUGGCCUUCCUGGACUGGGAAGUCCCUGCCUGCCCCUGAAAGAGAGGGGUGGACACCUGCAGGGACUGACACUCCAAGCAGUUGUGCCCUUUCUCCUCCUCCUCCUCCCUCACUCCCAGAUUUCAUUACCUCCCACCUGCCAUUCACCCAUCAAUGUGAAAGUCAGUGUCACAGCUGGUCUGUGUGUUUGGCUCCCCAGAAGCCUGUUCUGUUGGGCAGCCUGAAGGCCCCCUGUUCCCUAGUUGCCCUGAUCCUAGUUUAGCACCUUUGACUUUCUUCACCCUCUGACUCUUUUUUUCCCAUGCCUGAUGGUGUGAGGCCCCAGAAGAGAGAUCAAGCACGUCAAAAAAGUAGAUUAUCUCUAGAGAGCUUGGGGUGUCUGUGGGUCCCUCUGACUUCUGGAGAGGAGGGAGUAUUAUAAAUUCUCUGUAUUUUUGGUUCUUUAUGGGUGAGGUUCUUGGGGGCCUCACUUCUCUAGCCACAGUCAAUGCCUGAGGAGAAGGACAAGGAGAAAUCUGUUCUGCCCGGGACUGUACGUGCCCUACAGAGGCCAGCACCCCACUCUCCUAUCUCCCACAGCUGUGCCACAGACCUUUCCCAACAAGUGAGCCUUCCUAGGUGGCUUAGGAGGAAUGGGCUCAGGGGGAGAGUCAGGAGACCCCAGGGUCUUGUUUGGGCCCUGCCCAAACUGGUCAGGUGACCAGGGCUAUGUUGCCAAACAUCUUUGACCUCCGUUUUUACAGUCGAAGACUGAAGGCUGAGACUGUAUGUGAUGUCUGAGUCUCCUCUGGGCUUCUCAGGCCAACCUGCCAGCAGCGAACUGCAAAUCUUGCAGAAUCUCAAAGGCCUCUAGGGACGCCCCGCCCUGGCAGUCAGUCUCUCCUGGCCACCUUCCAAGGACACCUCCCCCUCACCCCACCCCCCAUCCCAGUUUCUGUCCCCUCCUCGAUUUAAGUGGAUUGCUCGGAGGCAGAAGCAGCCAAGGACCGAUCCCAGGCACUUUCUGUAGCAAAUAAGCUGUGAAUUAUGACGUCCCUUGCCUUUCUUCUGGCACGAUGUGCCUGCUCUCUGACCAGUUUGGUGACUGAAGAAAGGCAAGGGUCAUGAUGCUGCUGCUUCUGACCCUCCUCUCUGAAGAGGGACAGAAGAGGAGCCCGUUCAGCGUGCCACAUUUCACACCCGUGCAGGCAUGGGGAAGCAGCUGGCACCCCCUUCAGGCCUCAGGCCCUCUGUGCAAUGAAGCUGAGCAGGAGGGAAGAGGCCCCAGCAUUGGGGUUCGGCUUCUAGAAGGGACGUCAUGACUCUGUAAAUGUCCCCUGGGUGGGUCGGGAGGGGUAUCUAGUGUUCGAAUGCAGAAAUCUUUGGCUUUGCUACCAGUUCUGUAUGCUGAGAAAUAAAAGUUCACCGAGGUUUUGUUUUGUACUUCUUGUUAAUGGGCUGUUUUUCUAUUUCCAAGGGUCAUGGUUCAUCUCAGCAUAAGCAGGGAGCUGUGAUUGCAUCAUGGGACUGACCUGCUCGUCCCUACGCUGCCCGGCACUUGUGCCCAGUGACUGCAGGGUUGGGGGUGGUUGGCAUUAAAAGUCUGUUCUGUCACUUGGGCGCCCAGCCCUGCCUCCCAUCUGUGGCUGGCCUGGCAUUGUGGAAUAAUAAUGGCCAUGUUAUUUUUCUCACUAACCCUGGCCUGGACUUGGAGGCCAUUUUUCUGAAUCUGCGAGAAAAUUUAGACCCAGAGGUAAAGUGUACCUACCACAUAGGUAGUCAAUAGUGGAUCUAGGAUUCCAGCCAGAGUCUGGUUGACCCUAAGGCCUCAGCAUUUCACCUUGCUGCUUUUCCCACUCUGAGUCUCCCCACUGUAGCAAGAGGGAGGCUGUGUGAGCAUCUCUGGAGACCCCUUGUCCCCUGCCCAACCGCAUGUUUACCUGCUUCUCCUCACUUCUCCAGCACCAAGGAGACAGAAACAGUUAGAUGUUAGUUAGAUGUGACCUCCACGUUGUGCCAGGGCCGUUUAGUCGCUGUGUGGUCUUGGUCGCACUUAGCUUCUCUGGGCACCAGGAACUCUAGUAAGCUUAUCAGGGAGAGCACAUCAUGACUAAGAACUAACACCUCUUCUGUUGGCCUCCCACUUCCUCGAAACACUGCUGUCAUAAAAUGAAAACUGGGUCUCCUCCAAGAAGCCUCUCCUGAUUAAUUCCGUGUUUCAUUUUCCCUUGACCCUCUUCAUUUUUGUGGCAUUCUAUAUACUUGUCCUUCCUUCUAAGUCAUCCAGGAGGGUAGUGAGAGAACAAAUCAGAUGUGGAAUACGUACUUGGAUUCUGGUCUUGACUUGGUCACUUCUUA